UCUUGCUAUCUCCAUAACUUCACCCUUGUCUUCUCUCUCCAGGUAUAUCUCCUCGUCUCUGUUUGUCUCUCUGUGCCUCUGGGGUGUCGGUCCCCUCCUUGCCGCCAAGCUGGAUUUCCUGCAGAUGAAACAUCUGAAGAGGAAGAGAAAGAGCAACUACAGUGUGAAAGAAACACAGACUCUUAUCAGGGAGAUCCACAAAAGGACGGACGUGUUGUUCUCCAGACAGCAGAACACAGCCAUUAAUGAGCUGAAGAGACAGGCAUGGGAAGAAGUGGCUCGAGGUGUUAAUUUACUGGGGGAAGGAGAGCUACGCACUGCAGCAGAGGUGAAGCGUCGUUACCUAGACUGGCGUGCACUGAUGAAGAGAAAACAGAUUCGGGCUGAGCUGUCCCUCUCCUCCUCCUCAUCCUCGUCUAUGGCCCUGAAGACUGAGUAUGAUCAGUCCUCCCCUGAGCAUGAGGCAGCUUCUCUGGGAUCUGGAUGUGACCAGCUGCUUGACCUCUCUAGCCUCUCCAAGGAUUGCCACUGCGACUGGCCGGAGUUGGUGGCUCUCAGUGAGCCGAGCGGGCAGUCCAUAAUGGGGGUGAAGAUGGAGGAAGAUGUCACUGAAUACAGGCUGCAUGGUGAUGGUGAUAUGGGAGACGGAGAAAUAGAAGAUGAUGAUAUUCCCUCACUCCUCAGCGACAUAGAGUCACGCGGCGAGGGGCAUGCUGGGAAUGUUUACUGCCACAAUGACUUGGGCAUGCUUAGCUCUUCUAAGGCACCAACCUCCACCACCAACAGAGACCUGCCCCACGCUGGAGGCCUGGGGAUGCAAGCUCACGCUCUGGGUGGAUUAAACAAUCAUGAAAACAUGGGGGCCGGGUUUGUGGUUGCUGUUGAGAAACAGCGAUUGGAGCUGGAAAAACAGCGCCUGGCUGUGGAAACUGAACGCCUGGCUGUGGAGAAAGAGCGGCUGGUGGUGGAGAAGGAGCGACUCCGUCAGAUGGAGGUAGAGAGGGAAAGGCUGCAGCUGGAGAGAGAGAGGUUACAGGUGGAGAGGGAGAGGCUGAGGCUUCUGCUGCUCAGACAUUCAGAGCGUGUGGACUCAUCCUUUAACCUGCCGCCCCAACAAGGCCCGCCUUCGUCCUCCACGUCUUCUUUAUCCUCCACUCAUGAUGGACAUAGGGAGAAAGACAGUAAAUGCUGGAUGCCAUUGGUGGAUCUGGAAACUGAAAGGCUAAAACUAGAGAAGGAGAGAGUGCAGCUGGAGAAAGAGAGGCUGCAGUUUUUCAAAUUUGAGGCCGGCAGACUUCAGAUUGAGAGAGAGCGCCUCCAAGUGGAGAAAGAGAGAAUGCAGCUGCACAAAGAUCAUCAGGGCCACUGAGAAUAAGGCGGAUAAAAGAGAUAAAAAAGGGAUGGAUAAUACAUUCAAUUUUCACCAGCUUCAGGGUUGCUCGUAAUACUGAAAACAACCCAGAAUUCAUGAAUUGCAUCAGCAGCUGCUCCUUAAUUAAGUUCCUUACAAAGAAACAUCCUUAAGGAAGGUGUGAGACAGUUAUAUGAUCAUUCCUGACUGGAAUUUGGCCAAGGAGAAGACUGAGAUGGAGGGCUGACAUAUUUAUGACCACCAUGAUAAAUCAGUGCCUUAUGAUGUCUUCAUAAAAUGGGUGACAGGACAGAAAAUACGCCACGAUGAUAACAUCUAGGAUUAGUUUGGCACAUCCAGCUGUUUGGCCUUGAACCUAUUUGAUUUAUAACAUGUUGAGUAUUUCAUCAAAACGUGCAGUAGAAUAAAGUUAAACAUGAAUUGGGAUAUCAAUGCUUACUAAUGUUAAAUGACAAUGGCAUAUGAAAGAAUGGAAUCAUGAUGUUUCAUUCUGUGUCUAUGCACAAAACCAGUGCCAAUGAAUCUACUGCAUGGGUGCUUCUCUGUAUAAUUUAGCUUCCAACACACAAGAACAAAAUAAACCAAUGUUACUUGUACGGAAGUAUUUGUAUGCUAUUUAUGUUAUGCUGUCAAUCGAUGGUAUGAAUAUAUCGUUUACAGGUGAAUGAUUGGGAUUUUAUACAUUCGUCCACCACUUUAAAACAAAUAUUUCAUCUUCGCUUUUUUUCACAGUAGAUAUUUUAAUUUGUCAUGUCAUGAAAAUCACAAGUGUUACUAAUAACAUUAAUGAUGGCUCUGUUUUGUUAUCCCAGCUAGCCCUGACAGUGAGGCUGCAUAACAAUACAGGGUCCCUUAAAGCUAAAUGGAAUUCAGCUAUCAUUGAUUGAGUUAUUUACACCUGUGUCUUUCCUACUGUGUCUGCUAUGAAAUAACACUUGAUGUUUUUCCCAUCAAGAUGUGUGGAUUUUGAAAAGAGCCCUGAAAUGAGCAGCUACUGGAAGUAUUGUUUGCAUGCUAGACAAUUAUAGUGAAAUAUUUAUUCUUUUUUUUUCUCGUGUGUUACUUGCUGAAAACUACAUUCUGCUACUGUGUACUGAAGGUUGUCUAACACAUCAAAGACACUUUAUUAUGCCUUUUUGUUGUAAACUAUUUAAACAAGUUUUUUGUAACUUAAUUCCUAACAAAAUACCAAUUUAUCCUUUUAAGAAAGUUGUUAUCAGGUCACAUGGCUUUUUUUAAAUUAUUUUCUUCUAUUUUAAUGUAUGCAUCUUUUUUUUUACUCUCUGUGUUGACAAGUUUGUUGAAGAAUAAAAUGUGACCUCCAGACAAAA